AGCCAAAGCCGUCGCCCAGGUGUCCAGACUAGCGGGACAAAUUGCGAAGGAGGCCAUGCGGGAGUUAGCGGCGCUCAACGUACAAGUCACAUCGGAAUCUGACGAAGGCUAUCAACCGCAAACGCAUGGGGAUACGGCCAAAAGACCCUCUACCGAAUGAGCUUGAGUUUGAAAUAGACACAGAGAACAUCAAGUCGAUCGAUUUUCUUGUUGACGACAUCAGGCUCGAUGGUGCUCGUCACAUUCUGUUUGCAACACCAGUGCAACUGCAACUUCUUCAGCGGGCCAAGCGGUGGUUCAUUGAUGGGACCUUCAAGGUUGUGAGUCGUCCCUUUUAUCAGCUGAUGUCAAUCCACGCCUUCAUCAAGAAAGACGACUCGGUCGAACAGGUUCCAUUACUGUUUGUCCUCAUGUCCCGUCGGCAGAAGAGGGACUAUAUUGCUGUGUUUCAAUCCCUGAUCCAGCAUCUAGCCCCAGAACAGGUCAACGUGGAGUGGUUUAUGUUGGAUUAUGAAGCAGCGAUCUACGGUAGUGUGACACGUUGUGGUCUCAGUGCAACCUACAGUCAGGGAGGAGACACGUAUGGAUUCAUCCGGAAGGUUCUUGCACUGCCAUUCCUACCAUCAGAACACAUACAAGGAGCCUACGAAGAAUUACGGAUGCAAGCGGCCAACGGACCAGAAGAGCUGCACAGACUGAUGGCGUACGUCGACAGAAACGUGGAUUAACGGGAACCUGUGGGGUCAUACCCGACCGCAGUAUGGUGUCGAUACCGUACAUGUUUGCACGACCCAGGACCUCAGUAACCGGGAUCUUGUCUUGCCAUCUGAUGCCUAAUAUUUUUUCGGAAGCAUACUGCGUGAAAGUGGUUUAGCUUCUCGGUGUGUCUCUGGUACACCGCCCAGGUCUCGUUGGCAUAAAGUACGCCAUCAUCGUUUGUGCAAGAAGUUGAAGAACGCUACAACGCUUUCAUCAGCGAAUUAUGCAACCGUCAAAUGAAAUCCUGAAUGGAAUCGAUUUACAACAAGAAUGGAUGGUGGCAAUUAUCCUGGGCCUUUCUGUCAAGAAAUAGAUGUUAAAAAAAUAUUCAUUUAAUUGAACCUGGAAAUCAACUACCACAACUAACAGAAAACCUUUUAACAAAAGGUGUUGUUUUAGAAUUUGUGAAAUUUGAUAAUAAACAGAAGUUGAUGUAUAUCAUGUCAAAAUGACCAAAUGUAUAAACUGUUAAACAAUUUGAAUUAAGAUGCUGUAUUUUCUGAUGUUUGAUUUAUUUUUCCUUUUAGAUGAUAUAUAUUUGUGUGAUUCUAGGUUUUAAUAAAUAAUUCUGAAACAUUUAUGCAGCAUACUGUUACAUUAUUGUUAAUGUUAUUAUAUUAUGUUGGUUAUCUGGUUUAUC